AUGAAGUUCACUGUUUCUUUCGCGGCUCUUGCUGCUGGAGCAUUCCAGGUUGUGGCUGGCCAAACAGUCUACUUUGCUGGCGACUCUACUAUGGCUAGAAGCGGUGCCAACGACGGUGCUACUGAUGGCUGGGGCAACUACAUUGGCAAAUACCUCAAGGUCAAUGCCGUCAACAAGGCCAUCGGUGGUCGAUCCGCUCGUUCAUACACCAAAGAGGGCCGUUUCCAGGAGAUUGUCAACCUCGUCAAGCCAGGCGAUGUAGUUGUCAUCGAAUUCGGCCACAACGACGGCGGCUCACCCAACAAGAACGACAACUUGCGCUCUGCCUGUCCCGGUGCAGGCACAGAGGUCUGCACCUCUGACAAGACAGGCGAAAAGGUGUACACCUAUGUCUUUUACAUCUCCCAAGCUGCCAAGGCCCUUGUCGCCAAGGGCGCUAAAGUCGUUCUCAGCACGCAGACUCCCAACAACCAGUGGGAGACUGGCACAUUUCAGCCUGGUGCCCCUCGCUUUGUUGGUUAUGUGCCUACUGCGCACAGGGCUCUGGCUAGUUCCAGCGUCACCUGGGUUGACCACUUUGCUGCUGUUACCAAGAUGUACCAGAAGCUUGGUAACCAAAAGGUCAACUCUCUGUACCCUCGCGACCACACCCACACUAGUCCCGAGGCUGCGGAUCUCAUUGCCAAGGCUUUUGUUCAGGCUAUCAACGAGGACAUGAAUGGAAGGACUAGCUUGAAGUCUCUCAUCAAGACUCCUGUCAGCAACGUCUACUAG